AUGUGCAUGAUAGGCACUAUUUUUCGGGAAGGCAUAAUAGCCUCCCUAACUGGCGGAUUUUUCCUCGAUCCGUCACAAGGCUACGUUGUCAGCUGUAUCCAUAUGUAUCUGUGGCUCUAUUUCUUUAUUGUGCCGCUUGCAAUAACACUGAUAAAACCACAGUCCAUAAUUGCCUGGACCGUAUACUCUGUUACCGUUGUGCUUUUAGUCGGCAUAAUUCAGUAUCUUACUUACCGGUUGCACAAAACUUUUGAUGAAUGUGAACCGAUUCCUCAGGCUACCGGCUUUUAUAGUGAUGUUUGCAGUGCAGAAGCGACUGAGAACUUGAAGGAACGGACUUACGAUCCAACCGGUAGUGCUUUAUCACUCGAUUCGACUUGUCUGCGUACCGCCACUAAUGUUUACGCCUCCGUGGAAAAUAUCGAGGCGCAAUGUCGUCGCAUUGGGUUGGCUGGCCAAUGUCUAGCAGGCGUCCGCAUGAUAGACAAUCGACAAGACACGUUAAAUGAGAAGCCUCAAUCCACGUCACCAAUAGCCUACCUCAACUGCAGCAACAGAGACAAGGUCGGAAAUCUUGAGGAACAUGGUCUAGAUGGAAGCGUCAACGAAAGUCCUGAUGAUGGUCUUGCGCUUUUGCGUACUGACACGGAUCCUUACUCCAAUUUAGAAGAGGCAAACACUUCUGCACAAACUGUGGUUCCG